AUGCACUUGGCCAAGCUCUUCUCUACCACAUGGAAUCCUACAAGGAGCUCACUUGCGAGUUCUAGCUUCAAUGAGGUCAAGGCAGCUCAGAUCAGGAGCCCAGUCUUGAGAUAUGUGCACAAGGCACUUGCCAACACCUUCUUUGCAAGGAAGGCAACCGGGACAAUCAACGAGGGGGAACUCAAGUUUCUUGACAUGGGAAUCAAGCCCCUUCUCUCACGCACAAGCGAUGGCAAGAGGAUAAGGGGAGAUAGGUCUGACACAGGGAACUUGAUGCCUUUCCUUGACCACCUCCUCACCUACAAGAUCACAGCUUACAACACUAGGCACCAAAGAGGAAGAAAGCUUAGUAUUGGAGGGCUCAUCACACCUAUCUUGUGUGCUGCUGGAGUAAACCCAACUGAUAGGAGAGCUACUGAACCAGGUUGGAUGGACAUCAAGUUUUGCAAGACCAACCUCCUCAUUGAGCACAAGGAGUUGGAUGGGAGGUUCCAAUUCAAGUUCACACAUCCAUUGGUUGGACCCUCCAAGUUUCUCCUGCCUAACCCAGAGCUCACCACAGUUGUAAGGGGUGAGAACAUUGACUUCAGACCCCCUGUGUACACAUUAGUUGGGCAUGAGGAUGAUUGCGAGAAGAGGAGCCUGAGCUCGAUCGAGCUGAGUCUCGAGCUGAGGGUCGAGCUGAGGAUCGAGCUGAAUAUCAGGUCCAGGGAGCGCUGA